UGAGUUAUGGAGUAUUUAUAAUUAUCCUUAGACAGUUCAGAUUUUGGCCUCCGUCAUUCAUUUUCUCAAUCACCUUCUGCACUUUGGAGGUCGUCGGAAACAGGCAAUGAAAGUCGGCGCUUUUUUUCCGGCGCCGUUUCUUGCUGAAGUCCAGUGAGUAAAUCCAUCGAGCAUUUGGCGGGCGUACCGCGCAGGCGCGCAGCUGAUUCUUUGUCUUGCAAUUGCACUUUCUUGAAUCCGAGGGUGAAUUUUGGUGAACUUUUUUUUUAGCAGCGAUGCUACUCCGUGUGGCGUCGUGCUCACCCAAAACCUCUCUUCUUCUUCUCUCCCACUUCUGUAAGAGCUCCAAUUCCCUUCUUGAGCAUUCAAAAUGCUUCAGUUAUCUCCGGCAGCGGCAUACUUCUUCACUGAAGACUAAAAUUAACGCGAGGAACCAGCCUAAAAGCCCCAUUUCGAUGGAAAGAAAAGCAAGACAUUUUUCCUCCGAUUCCGCUGAGGCUCUCCUCAGAAAAAAAUCGACGGAUUUGAGCAACCGAAUGUCCAAAAAGGCGCGUAGAGAGUCCCCGGAUAUGGUUCUACGCGUGAAACUCGAUCAAUGCUCGAAAAAUGGAGACUUGGCUGAGGCCCUUCGCCUCUACGAGGAGGCGAAGGCCAAUGGCGUGGAGCUCAAUCAGCAUCAUUACAAUGUGUUGCUUUACUUGUGCUCUUUAAAUCCUGAGGAGGGUGGAGAGAAUCUUGAGAGAUUUGAUAAAGGAUUUGAGAUUUUCAAGCAAAUGGGAGCUGAUAAUGUGGCCCCAAAUGAGGCAACAUUCACAAACAUCUCUAGGUUGGCUGCUUCGAAAGAGGAUCCUGAAUUGGCUUUUAGUUUAGUUAAAAAGAUGAAGAACCAUGGAAAUGCCCCCAAAUUGAGGUCGUAUGGGCCGGCGUUGUUUGGGUUCUGCAAGAAGGGGAUGGCAGAUAAGGCUUAUGAGGUGGAUUCUCAUAUGUUGGAGAGUGGAGUUGCUGCUGAGGAGGCUGAGCUCUCUGCCCUCCUCAGGGUUAGCUCUGAAGCCGAGAGGGAGGGGAAGGUGUAUGAAAUGAUGCAUAGGUUGAGGGCGGCGGUAAGGCAGGUGUCUGAGGAAACUGCAGCUGUGGUGGAGGAGUGGUUUAGUUCAAGAAAGGCUGCUGAGGUUGGAGCUAGGAAAUGGGAUGUUGAGAGCGUGAAGAGAGGGGUUUUGGAGGGAGGGGGCGGAUGGCACGGCCAAGGAUGGUUGGGGAAGGGUGAGUGGAGAGUGGUGAGGACGAGGAUGAAUGAGGCUGGGGUUUGCCAAUCGUGCGGGGAGAAGCUGGUUUGCAUUGAUAUUGAUCCACAGGAGACGGAGAAUUUUGCCAAGUCACUUGCUAAAUUAGCCGCUGAGAAGGAAGUUAAGAGCAACUUUGCACAAUUUCAGGAGUGGCUUCAACGGCAUGGUCCAUUUGAUGCUGUGGUUGAUGGUGCAAACUUGGGUCUUGCUAAUCAACGCACAUUCAAUUUUGGUCAGAUUAAGAGAGUUGUGCAUCAGUUGCGCCAAAUGAGUCCGUCAAAGAAGUUACCCCUUGUUGUUCUACACCAAGCACGAGUCAGACGUGGUCCGGCUCAGCAACCGAACAACAAGAAAUUGUUGGAAAGCUGGAAAAACGCUGGCACACUUUAUGCAACACCUCAGGGUUCAAAUGAUGAUUGGUAUUGGCUGUAUGCUGCUGUGAGUUCAAGGUGUUUGCUUGUGACAAAUGAUGAGAUGAGAGAUCACUUAUUCAACCUUUUAGGCAAUAGCUUCUUCCCUAGAUGGAAAGAAAAGCACCAGGUCCGUUUAAAAUACACCACUGAAGACGGGCUUACAUUGCACAUGCCACCACCAUAUUCAAUCGUUAUCCAGGAGUCGGAACGAGGCCAAUGGCACAUACCAACUGUGACUGGAGAUGAUCUUGAGGCCCCUAGACAAUGGAUUUGUACGACAAGGGCAAGACCGGACGCAUAGCUAGGUUCCAUUACCAACAUCCUUAAUUUUUUCAGCAAUAAAACCUUGCUCGUUCCUUUUUGAUAUACAAAUGUUUUCGAUAUUGUAAUUGCAUAUACAUUGUGUUA